AUAGUAGCAAAUGUCUAAUUUAUUGUGCAUUAGCAAGUUGAUUAUUUUACAACUUUUCGUGGCUUAAAUAUAACAUAUUUUACAUCAUACAUGAAUUAAUAAGAAAAAGCAGAGUGUUUUGAUUUCUGAAUUCAUUGUUUGACGUUGAUUUCCAUAAAAAUUGUGUGCUCAAGUGUCUCUGUUUUUUGUGUCUUUUAAGAAAAUGCCAGUAUUUCGCAAAGAUCCUUGCGGAAUUGUUUGCAUAUUUAUGACAUACUUAGCUGUUUUUUACGCUGAUUAUGUCGUUGUAAGAUGGAUUGUUAUACAAACGCUGCACAAUAGCCUUUGGGGUGCUUUUCAUGCGGUGGUUUUCAACUCUAUAAUUUUACUUCUCACCUUUUCACACCUACGUACUGUGUUUUCUGACCCUGGAAUAGUUCCUCUACCACAGAGCAAACUGGAUUUUGCUGAGCUUCACACAGGGACUCAAAAGGAACCUACAAGCAAAGAUGACUACACUGUGUGUGCACGCUGUGAAACAUACCGUCCCCCCAGAGCUCAUCACUGUAGGAUUUGUCAGAGGUGUGUACGCAGAAUGGAUCAUCAUUGCCCUUGGGUAAAUAAUUGCAUAGGACAAUAUAAUCAGAAGUACUUCCUCCAGUUCCUGUUUUAUGUUGGAAUCUUAUCUGCCUAUGCUGUGGUCCUUGUUAUUUUUUCCUGGAUUCAAGAUUGUGAAGAUUGUCACAAGGAUAAAGUGACGACUCAAACGAGGAUUUUACACUCUAUCAUACUCGUGGUGGAAAGCGGACUGUUCGGUUUAUUCGUGACAGCCAUUAUGUGCGAUCAGUUGCAGGCAAUUUUUGGCGAUGAAACGGCCGUUGAACAAGCAAAACAGCAAGGACCUUUCAGGCCGAGGAAACCUCGACUAGCAUUGCUCACCGAGGUAUGUGGUCGUGGAAGCCCAAUGUUCUGGGUUUUACCUUGUCAGUCACCGCCCAAAGAUUUAGAUUUAAUAUCUGGAUACGAUGUCUAAUUCAGUACCUCGCAUUUCUCCAUGUUGUUCGUGAAAUGCAUUCCCCACACUUGUUGUGCAGUAUUUAUUUGCCCUUUUCUACAAGCCCUUCUUACAAUUAAGUGUAGCUGUGCCCUGACCUCCCCUUCCAAAGCAACAUGACUGGUAUCGCAUGAUGACGAUGAAUUUCCUUUUAUCAUAAAAAUCAGCAGAAAAGAAACAAAAAAAAAGGAAUUAGAAAUAAUAAUGGAAAACAAACCAAAAAAAGAAUACCCUCCUACGUUACAGAUGUCUAUUGUGGUUUGUUUGUGAGGAGAAAGCUUUAAAACCUAUACAGAGUACAGCAAUAUUUCUUCUAGUUUGCAGAAUUUUCUAUUUGCCACCAAGAAUACAUUGAUAAACAGUGCAUGUUCAAUA